AUGGCGUUCAAGACAAUUGAUGUUGUGUGAUGUUAACAACGAUUUGAGUAGAGGAGUACUGAUUUAUUUUAUUAUUAAUUACAAUGGAGGAUGAUCAAAAAAAUAAAGCAAUAAGUGGUAUUCCUUUGUUAAAAACUAAAGCUGGUCCUAGAGACAAAGAUUUAUGGGUACAAAGAUUAAAAGAAGAAUAUCAAGUGCUAAUUACGUAUGUCAAAAAUAACAAGGAAUCAAACAAUGAUUGGUUUCGUUUAGAAUCAAAUAAAGAAGGUACGAGAUGGUUUGGAAAAUGUUGGUUCAUACAAGAUUAUUUAAAGUAUGAAUUUGAAGUGGAAUUUGAUAUACCUGUAACAUACCCUUUAACGGCACCUGAAAUUACAUUGCCUGAGUUGGAUGGUAAGACAGCGAAGAUGUACAGAGGUGGAAAAAUUUGUUUGACAGAUCACUUUAAACCAUUAUGGGCACGUAAUGUACCAAAAUUCGGUAUUGCUCAUGCUAUGGCUCUUGGUCUGGCACCAUGGCUCGCUAUAGAAAUUCCUGAACUUAUUAGAAGAAAACUAGUACAUUAUAUAAAACCAGAGAGACCGUUAAUAACACUUAAAACACCAGAAGAUUGAAAGAUAAAAUAAAUUCUUGUAAUAUAUUUUAAAUGAUUUUCUGAUUAAACUAUUACAUAUAUUUUUCAA